AUGCCCACAGUGCUCAGCAGUAACGUUGACCUCAGCAAGAAUCUCUCGCUAAUUAUCGGAGGCUGCGUUCAGGUCAUGUUCGUCAUUGGCAGCUUCUUCCCUACCUUCUUCGUGGACCGUGUCGGUCGACGGCGCCCCGAUGGUGUGGGAUCGUUUGGCUUGGGGCUCUGCAUGAUGCUGGUGUCAGUUCUCAUGAGCUUCAAGGGAACCGCAAACGAGCAUGCCACCUCCUCAGCCUCCGUUGCAUUUUUUCUUCCUCUACAUGCUCAUCUUCGGCGUACCUGUCAACUGCAUCCCUUGGGUCUAUUUGCCGGAGAUCCUGCCUCUUCAUGCCAGCGCGAAAAGGAACCGCCGUGGAAUUCCUUCGUCGUCAUGAUCACACCCAUCAUCAUCAUCAAUCGGCUGCAGUGGAAGGCUUACUUGAUAUUCAUGUGCACGAACUUUGCUUUCCUGCCAGUGAUAUAUUUCUGCUAUCCUGAAACGGCCAAUUUGGCACUCGAAGAAAUCGGUUAUCUCUUCACCAACUCCGAGAAGACGGCUGUCAAAAUUUGUAAAGAACUCCACAAGGAGCGCAAGAACCCAUUGGCAUACAAGACCGGCCCAUAUCAAUGCCAGGGAGGCGCAAUAGCUCAGUGA